CCCCCUUUACCUUGCCGCACAUGGAUGAUACCCUCAUAUGUCGCCGCCGCCGUCUUCUUGGUCCUCCUCCUCCUGAUCACGACUGGCGGCGGCGCGUGAUGACCAUCGCAUCCAUGGGCGUCUUGAGCCGAGGCGAGCGAGAGUUUGCGGUGGCAGAAGUCAAAUUUUUCUACGGUCGCCGCACCCUCCGCUCUGAUAAGGUCUAUGCUGACAUCUUUUGGCUGCGAUCAUCAUCUCCUGUUCCUGGUGGUGGUGCCAUUGUUGACGGCCAAUGGAAGUCUGCCCGCGUACCAGUCCUCGCAAGCAGCAGCAGCAGCGGUGACAAGUCUCAUCCUAUUACCUGGCAAGAUUUCAGCUGGCAGACCGACACAGUCGUCCCUGUCCACAACCGCCUGUGCUGGGUGAACAACUACCGUGGCAUCCUCUUUUGUGACCUGUUCCAAGAGCCCACCCCUACUCUCUCCUUGGUCCGCUUCCCUUCAACUGACGACGACGUUCGCACCAUUCCUGCAUCCUGCCGCCGGCUCUACUGCGGCGCGUCCGCCAUCGACGCCGGCCGUGCGCUCAAGUUCGUCAGAGUCAUCCGCCGUCGUCAUGAUGGCAAAGCCGCCGCCGCCGCCGCAGGGAGGACGAGGCUUCACCAUCACCUGCCAAACCCUGGUGUUGGACACCAUGGUGUGGAGCAAGGACUACACGGUCACCUCCGACGAGCUGUGGUCUGUCAACCCCCCUGAGCACCUCCCACGCAGCAUUCUCAUGUUCCCUCAAGUCAAAGUCGACAGGCCACACAUACUUCACUUCCUUAUCACCGACGACUUCAGCAGGUACGUCGUGAUGAAGAAGAUGUGGGUGGUCACCAUUGACAUGGACACCAGGGUUGCCCACUCAUGUUUUCAGUAUAUCAAUGGGAGGGAGGACACUGGAACUGAGGACGCUGACUUGACCCAACAAAAGUCCAUGUGUCCCGACUCCUUCCUCCCCUGUGAGUUGUUCAAGUCCCUCCAUAUCUCAAGGUAAUUAUUACUCCUUAUACUAGUAAUUAAUAAUUGCUGCUGCUCUUAUUAAUAUACGUACUGCUAGGUGUACUAUUUGCUAGUUUGGAUAUAGUAGUAUUGUUACCUUUAAUUU